GGUUCUUUUAAACCCGACUAUGCAAACCAACAAACAAUGCGGCGCCAUAUUCGAGUGAGCAAGCCGAAAAGGAAAUACUUCUCGAGCAGAAAGCCACAGCGUAGUGCACCCAAACGCAGCAGUCAUGCGUCGCGCAAAACGAGAACACAUAAAACCGCCACUUUGCUUCGUCACACACCAGCCUGCACUAAUCCAUCUCCCGCUGGUCUGAUUAGCGUUCAUCGUCUGAUUGAUUCUACUGCUUUGGCCGGACAAGAAUUGUUGGCGAAUAAUGGACAUGUUGCCAAGUCCGUUGUUGCUCACGUCAGCUCCGCUGUCCAGGCCAAUGAUCAACACACACCUAAUGUGCGCCGAAGGUCCUCCGAACAGCCAGCCCGGUCCAUUUUACUUUCUAUGAAUGGCAAUAUUAAUCCAACUGAUCACCAUCCCUUUUUACACAGCUGGGAAUAUAGUGAUGACUAUGUGACCAGUCGUUCCUGGCGAUCCAGACGAAACGCCUAUCUGGCUCUACGGCUUAUUCAUUCGGACGCUGUAGAUUCUUAUGAUAAUCAGGAAAAUUUAUCAGAUGAUUGUGCACUGUCAUCCUUUAGCUUUAAAACCGGAGAUACCACUUCGAAACUGACCACCAGAACAACCAAAACAGCGCACAAGCGACCAUGGGUGCGCAAAUCUGAGUUCGUCCCCUCACCUACUUCGUAUGGUGAUGAUACGGAUUAUGCGAUUUCCUUGGAGUUGGAGGCACAGCGGAAGCUGUUGAGUUCGUUGGAACCCUGUGUACUGGGAUAUCGCUGGCCUACACUUGUGAUUGAAGAAGGCAGGGUGAACGUGGCAUCCAAACUGUCGCCAAUGGUGGACCGCGAGACUAUGGUCUUAUGGCAUCCACCUACUGUGAUCUCCCACAUUGUGAUGAGGUCUUGGCGCUGUUUUAGAAUCUCUAUGCCUGGCCUUAUUUUCCUACUAUUGACAUUGCUAUCUGUGAUACUUGUGGUCCUGGCCGACCACCAUCCCUCCGUAUCGUCGGAGCAACCUGCCUUCAUUUUCGAUGUGGAAACUGGCCAGUGGUUCCCUAUUUCUGAGGCAUCGUUACGCGAAGAUCCGCCCCUUCUUCUGCCUCCACCUGAUCCGACAGAGUUUCCCCCAGCCUACCUCGAGUCACUGCUCCGGCACUGCGACGAUCCCACUCCAUCCUUCCUGGAGUUCUUGAACAAAUCUUGGAUCGGACUGAGUGAAUUUGGUCUUAAUUGGAAACGGUAUCCAGUGCAUUCAGGUGUGUUGUUCAGAGUGCUCGGCGCAGUACGGAUCACCCAACUCAUACACAUUUGUAUCAUAGCUGUCGUUCUCAGCCUCAUUCGAUUCGCGUUACAAAAAUAUCUACUUGAUCAUCUGACUGUGCGCCUUGGAAUCCCCGUAAAAACCACUCAGAGGUUACUUGAGUCCAGUUGGAAGGCUUUUUGGUUCCUUGUCCUCUGGCUGUGCACUUUUCACACUCUCAUUCUCAGUGGUCGCACUGAUUUCCAAUAUCCGUUGCGCAUCUUCAAAGGAGUGCGUUUUGAAGUUGGAUAUUUCGACGUUCCAACACCACCGGAUUACUACCGUGUCUACCUACUCCAGCUUGGCUUCUACUUGCAUUCUCUCUGGAGCGUUCUGUUCAUUGAUGUGUGGCGUAAAGACUCCGCUGUGCUGAUUAUUCAUCAUUUCAUGACAUUACUGCUUCUCCAAUUCUCUCUGGUGCUACGCCUUCAUCGGAUCGGUGCCCUGGUUGUAUUCCUACAUGAUCUAAACGACGUCUUUUUGGAAAUUGCGAAAGUCAACGUUUACCUGCAAACUCGUCACGGGAAAAAGCGUCCAAUCAACGUCAUUCUUGCCAACCUCUUCUUCGCCCUGUUCACGAUCUCAUGGGUCAUAAUGCGUCUGUACUGGUUCCCGUUGAAGGUGCUCUACGCCACUUCCUGGGGUUUGUACAUCACCAAUUUGGGUAGAGAGUGUCGAAGUUUUCUCUUCUUCAACUCAAUGCUCUGGGCACUGUUUGCUAUGCACCUUUACUGGUUCCGGUUCAUCGCCAUUAUGGCCGUUCGUCUCAUUCUCCGUCCGUCUUCCGGAGACAUGCGGGAAGAUGAAUCGGAAGAUGAUGAAACUGCCUCAGAUAGCGGCAAGCAACAAACCAUCCUGGCUGAUGGGAAGCACAAACCUGGUGUCCCAUCAUUGUCGCAAAAACAGCACAACAAUUCGUUGGACGCGAGCAAUGGGAGUUUGAACUCAUGCAACGGUUAUGUGAAGCCACUCAAAUCAGAUUGAACUUCUAUCCGAUCUGCAGCAUUCAGUUUUUGUACAAACGCCUACAGACUCGCCACUUCCCGUCACGUCAGAAGUUCCACACAAGUGUAUGUUUAUCGUUUACACGAGAUAUUUCAGUACUGUGUUCGAUUUCUGGUUGUCCUUUUUCGUCGCCCGCCUAAUGUGUUGCUCUACUGUGCCUCUUUGUAUCCCCGUCCGUUCUCGUUGCUCUGCACCCAUCCACUCCCUUUCCUUCCGCAUCUAGCUAUUUGUUUCAUUGGCUGUGAGUCAUUACUCGGUGCCUGGCCCUACUCACAUAUUUUUUCUACUGUCACUUACUAUACAUGCCUUUUCCUACCCGGGAGAUGGACAGGGGAAUGUGUUAGAAGUGCUCUUUUGAUCGUUUGUUUGCUUAUUUUUCUCUUCUCGAGCUUUCGUUGCUGUUACUGUUGCUGCACAAAUUUGCUUAUUCGCUCACAAAAAGAGCCCUGUAUCCUAGAAACAAACCCUUGCUUUCACCCGUAAAUAGUGCCAGUACACUCUCCUCGAACGGGGUACUACCCUCCCCCUACUCCCAUCUUGAUGCCUUCGUAGCUCUGCCAAUUUACCCAGGAAAUUUAUUUUGUUCUUUGAAGUCCGGAGGGAGAUUCAGAUACCGGGGAGUGGGAGUGGGUUGAUCUUGACGAUAUUGAUUUUUUUCACUGGUUCCGUUGAUAUCUACUUGUAUGCGCGCUUUCCUGUCCAGCAUUGCCCAUAUUGCGAUUCGAUUUUCCCCUACUAUCUAUUUUUCAGUGUGAAAAUAUAUUGUUGACAGGUG